UAUCUUCACAAAACCCUAGUUUUUAAGUCAUACAUGUCAACAUCCUCUUCUUCUUGUGUAGGGUUUUCUUCAGGCGACCGCUACUAGAGCUUCAAAAGAGUCCCUUGAAACCCUAGCGCUCUCUCUCAGUAUCUGUCUUCUAGCUUCGAAAACAUGGCAUCUAAGAGGAAGAACAGGGAGCCAAAGGAGGAAAAUGUCACCCUUGGCCCAGCUGUCAGAGAAGGAGAGCAUGUUUUUGGUGUGGCCCACAUUUUUGCUUCAUUCAACGACACAUUCAUUCAUGUGACUGAUCUUUCUGGGAGAGAAACCCUUGUUCGUAUCACUGGUGGAAUGAAGGUGAAAGCUGACAGAGAUGAAUCUUCUCCUUAUGCUGCUAUGCUUGCUGCUCAGGAUGUUGCACAGAGAUGCAAGGAGUUGGGUGUUACUGCCCUUCAUAUUAAGCUUCGUGCUACUGGUGGAAACAAAACCAAGACACCUGGUCCAGGUGCCCAGUCUGCUCUUCGUGCUCUUGCUCGUUCUGGAAUGAGAAUUGGUCGUAUCGAGGAUGUCACUCCCAUUCCAACUGACAGCACCCGUAGAAAGGGUGGUAGAAGAGGUAGAAGGCUGUAAGCUUUCUAUAUUUGGUGGUGCAAGUCCCAUUUACGAAAUGGCAAUUGUUGUGAUUCUCCAAUGGGACUAAGGAGGGAGAGAGAGGCCUUGAGUUAAGUAAGGUUGAUUGGACUUUUCCAGUUUUGAGCCAAUAUGUAGUUUUCUCAGUUGAGACUUCGCAAACAUUUUAAUUUCAAGUUUGUAGAAAGAGAGUGUGAUAUCAUGAAAUAUUCAGAUUCUUCUUCUACUUGUUAAGUCGAAUUCAGGUGUUUAUGGUACUUGCACUAUGAGUUUUGAAGGUACUUGUUGUCA